GUUCAUCGAGUUUGGUAUCCGCUCGAACCAAACAAAAUGUCGACGCGACCACAACGGUGCGGAAGACGUAGAGCUCGGGAAGUGUUUAGCGGAUGUAGGCGUCGACGCGGGCGAUUCACGUGACGCUGGGGGCAGAGGCAGAUUUUUCCCGCUCACACCUGAGGCUCAUCUCAUCCCGGGUCAUAUGCCACCCGACUUCUGGUUUUGGAACUAUACCUACUACCCAAUGAAAAGCGGCAUGGAGUGCUGUUCAGAUACAGCAAUCUCUUUUCAUUACGUAUCGCCAAACAUGAUGUACGUCAUGGAGUACCUACUGUAUCACUUGCGACCGUAUGGAGUUGAACACUACAUCGCUCCUUCACAACAAACUGAAGACGACACGCCUCAUCAGCCGGCCACAACUUCUUCACGGUCAUCAUUGACUCGAAACGAAAUCCGACAAGUAUGGUCACUAGAUGCGCCACAACGUCCCACGGCUAAAAUGCAGGAGUCAUCGUUGCAGUCGUCCACAUCGUCAGCCACCAGGUUUAAGCAGUCUGGGGAUUCGAUCGGCAACGCUUUAUGAGCAUAAACACCGUAAUAGCUAUAGGAAACACAGUCAGUCGUCAUAUCCUGUGUGCGCUAGGAUAAGUAAUUUCACCUGCCGCCUUCCACUGACAGGAUUCCUCCAAGUAUAAGCGCAAGCGUGGGACGACUCGGCAGAUGAGCAGUGCUGUGGAUCUCCUAUUGUAGGAUCUCGCAUGUAGGACCAAGCGGCCAAUCACCGCUAUUUCCUUGCCGACCUCAGCUUGGCAUAUAUAUAUAUAUAUAUAAUUUCUUUCUGGGCGGAAAGAAUGUGGGCAGAAUACAAUGCAUGCGACCGUUUCGUGUCGACUGUCAAAAUAUGGUAGUUCAGUAAAACUAUGGUCGGCCGUUUUAAUUUGUAUGGCUAUAUAUGCUUCCAACAGAAGAACAAGGAAGAUGAAUUACUUAAUCAGAAUGGGUUACCAUACGUGUACAGCAAAUUUCCACUAACAAAUAGGCCUACAAGGAGGAUGCCUACAUUCAAAUGAACGUUCCAGACAUGAACUCAUUUUACUAAUUAUUGAUAAUCGAAGCGUUAUCAAUAAAAGCCGAUAGGGAAAAUAUUUCUUGAAAUUAAGUAAGGUCAUAAAAAUAAAAUAAGUAUAUAACACAUGGGAGACUCGAACUCACCACCUUUGUAUGCAGCUUUUAUUAACGCUAUUAUCGAAGCAAAUAAUACUAGAUAACACAAGGCAUUAUAUGAAAGCGGAAGGGAACUAACUGCUGCUGCUGAUGAUGAAAACGUGUAGCUGCUACACUCGCGCACUCACACAGUGACGAUGUAAUGCGACUAAGAUGAAGCGAUAGAUACCUUCCAUGAUGAGAUAAUUGAACUUACACGAAGAUCAAGGAUAACGAUAGUCUUCUGACAGUCUACAAACUAUAUCGAUCCUGCCAAACUGAACAGAGAGAGAAAGAGAGAGAAAAAAAAAAAGUUGUUUUUUACGUAUUUUUAACGUAUAAUCGAGUUCCAGUACUUAAUUCAUUCCAUUUAGCAAGACGUGACAUUGAUGAUUCUGGUGCUCUCGGCUGGUUGGCUCGGUACUUGCAACUAGAACGUAAUAUUGCCUCCUCUGUAACAACGUACAAUACACCACAUCGAAGCGUUAUAUAAUUUUGACUUUAUUAUUUAUAUGCCUGUGACGACGAGAUGUGUUCUAGCGUGAAUGAAAAUCAACGAGUAUUUUCGUUAUUUGUUUAGAUUUCGUUUGUGUUUAGCUUCUGUUCGUCGUCUGGAACUAUAGUAGGUAGAUCAUGGUUUUCGUAAGCUUGCUUCCAGUCACACUCAAUGCGUUCGAGUCUUUUAAAGGAAGCUUCAGAUACUAGUUAAUGAGGUGUGAGUAUGAGUACCGAGAUGAAGAGGUAAAAGCGCUACAAAUCCUUAGAUGGUCACUGGCAAUUUGCAUACCAUUCCUGUAUUUGUAAAUAAUAUUAGGAUUCAUGACGUAGCAGGCUUCAGCCGAAAACAAACGUAA